AUGGCAGACCAAAAUCUCAAGCAAAGACAUAAAGCUUCAACUAUGCCAGCACCUGUACCGGAUUUUGGAGGAGGCACUAGGGAAAAGGCGAUAGGAGAACAUCCUUCUGGUGAAGUGAAGCAUGGAUUUGUCGCACAGGUUUGCAGAAUGUUAAGUUUUGCGACUUACUUCUGGGCUUGUUGUUCUACAAUCCAAGCUACUCAACUUAUCGGCAUACCUUUGUAUUGGUUGAAUCGAGACAUCUAUUAUUCCUGGAUGGCACUCACAAAACAGUCCUUUGGGCUUGUGAUAACGACCAUGACACAAUGGUGGAGUCCAACGGUGGUCAGAAUAAGUGGUGAUGCUUCGGUAGCAGGGCAGUUGCGGAAAUCUGCGGAUGGGAGGGCAGAAUGCGAUUUCCCUGAAAGAUUGGUUAUGAUUGCGAACCAUCAGCUUUAUACGGAUUGGCUCUACCUCUGGUGGGUAGCGUAUACUAACCAGCCUCAAACACACGGUUACAUUUACAUUAUUGCAAAAGAUUCACUCAAAUGGGUUCCGAUCAUAGGUUGGGGGAUGCAGUUCUUUAAUUUUAUAUUUAUGUCGAGAAAGAUGGAAAAAGACCGACCAGUAAUGGCCCAUCGAUUCAAGCAGCUUCAAGAGAAACGCCCGGGGGCCUCGGAACUCGAUCCUAUGUGGCUUCUAUUGUUUCCCGAGGGUACCAAUGCAAGCGACAAUAGAAGGGCAGCGAGUGCAAAAUGGGCAGAGAAAAUAGGUGUUAAGGAUAUGGAACAUGUCCUCCUUCCAAGGAGUACUGGCACAUUUUUCUGUUUGAAUGAGUUGCAAAAGACUGUCGAUUAUGUCUAUGAUUGUACAAUGGCCUACGAAGGUGUCCCGAGAGGGAAGUUCGGGCAGGAUUACUUUACCCUGACCUCGUCAUAUAUCGAGGGACGGCCACCAAAAUCAGUAAACCUCUUUUGGCGUCGAUUCAAAAUCGCCGAUAUACCAUUGGAUAACCCUGAAAAAUUCGAAGUAUGGCUACGAGAGAAAUGGUAUGAAAAAGAUGCUUUGAUGGAGCAAUAUAUGACUACUGGUCGAUUCCCGGCCAACGCGAAUUCAGAAAAAGGGACCGUGGAGGAUUUCAUUGAGACCGAGGUUAGACCAAAGCACUGGUGGGAAGUCUUCAACAUCUUUAUCGUUUUAGCGACUACGGGGUUGGUCGCGAAUUUACUUGUCAAGGCCUGGAACAUGGCUUAA